ACUAACGUUAAAACCAGAACAAGCAAGCUCCUCGUCUAUCUCUCUCUCUCUGUUUUUCUCUUUGUGAUCAACUAGCGAGCUAACCCAGCUUAGCUGAAAAGAGAAAAAAUGAGUCAGGAACCGUUUAUAUACAGCUUCGUGGCUCGAGGAACGAUGAUCUUGGCCGAGUACACUGAGUUCAUGGGGAAUUUCCCAGCCAUCGCAGCUCAGUGUUUGCAAAGACUCCCUUCUUCUAACAACAAGUUUACUUACAACUGUGAUCACCAUACCUUUAAUUUUCUUGUUGAAGAUGGUUAUGCUUAUUGUGUUGUUGCCAAAGAUUCUGUGGGAAAGCAAAUCUCCAUUGCUUUUUUGGAACGUAUGAAAGCAGACUUCAAAAAAAGAUAUGGGGGUGGAAAAGCAGAUACCGCUAUUGCCAAAAGUCUAAAUAAGGAGUUUGGGCCAAUUAUGAAAGAGCACAUGAAAUAUAUUAUUGAACAUGCUGAAGAAAUUGAAAAGCUAUUAAAGGUGAAAGCUCAAGUUUCAGAAGUUAAAAGUAUAAUGUUGGAGAAUAUUGACAAGGCAAUUGACAGAGGGGAAAACCUAACGACUCUUGCUGACAAGACAGAGAAUCUACGUGAUCAGGCCCAAGCAUACAGGAAGCAGGGGGCACAAAUCCGCCGUAAGAUGUGGUAUCAGAACAUGAAGAUAAAGUUGGUUGUUCUCGGAAUCUUGCUACUUCUAGUCCUUAUAAUCUGGCUUUCCAUUUGUCAUGGAUUUGAUUGCACCAACUAGUAGUAUCCUUAGUCUUAUGGAGUUUAUGGUAUACAAAUGAGCUUUCUCAACAGCUUGUAUUCAGCAGGUUGGUUAGUUCACGUCUAAGCGGAUCUUACCAUCUUCUUGAGUUGGUCUUGGGAGGUUUUGGAGCUGUCAUUGAAACACAAAAGACAGAAAGAGAGAGAGAGAGAGAGAGAGAGAGA